UUUUCUAAUCGGUUUGCGCGAGAGUUUAGAGUGUAAAACGGCGAGAGCUUCUCAUCUUCUCUCUCAGGCAGCUUCUCAUCUUCUCUCUCAGGCAGCUUCUAUUCCAACCGAACAAUGUCGCUGGUAGCAAACGAGGAGUUCCAGCACAUUCUGCGUGUGCUCAACACCAACGUCGAUGGCAAGCAGAAGAUUAUGUUUGCUCUUACCUCCAUCAAGGGUAUUGGAAGGAGACUGGCCAACAUUGUCUGCAAGAAAGCCGAUGUCGACAUGAACAAGAGGGCCGGUGAGUUGUCUGCAGCUGAGAUCGACAACCUCAUGACCAUCGUAGCAAACCCGAAGCAGUACAAGAUUCCAGACUGGUUCUUGAACAGACAGAAGGACUACAAGGAUGGAAAGUACUCCCAGGUUGUUUCCAAUGCCCUCGACAUGAAGCUCAGGGAUGAUCUUGAACGCCUCAAGAAGAUCAGGAACCACCGUGGGCUGAGGCACUACUGGGGUCUCCGUGUCCGUGGACAACACACCAAGACAACUGGUCGCAGAGGAAAGACUGUUGGUGUCUCUAAGAAGCGUUAAGACAAUGAUGCUAGCUGCAGCUGGGAUUGGAUCUUUGACAAGGCCCCUUUUUUUAUGUUUUGUUGCAAGUCUCAAAAUCUGGAUUUUAGGUUUUUUUUGUAAGACAUCCUUCACUUGUUUUUUCACAUUUCGUUAUAUUACUUUUGUCACGGUAUCUCUGAAGUUGCUU